AUGGCACUGGAUGAUGUGGUAGCUGACAUGGUAGUGCUGGCGUGGCUUGUUGACGUGGCUUGCGCGCGUGGAUCUGACGCACCUGAGCGCGUAGCGGUGCAUGGAGGACGAAAAAAGCUGGUUGAACCUUCUGGCGUGGCUACUAACCCGGCGGCCAGCGCCCCUGCGGCCAACCAGAACGCGCCCUCCCCAGCUACCAUAGCUCCUGCUGCUGCGGGGGGCGGUCGGGACAAAGAGCGAGGCAAAAGGCCUCAUCCUGACAGUGAAAUCGACCCUGAGGAGGAGCCUCUUAUUAGAAGGACCCGAGUCUCUGGGCCGGGUACUCUCUUGCACCGAGCGAUCAGAGCUCCUUCUCAAUCUGGGCCUCCUGCAGCUGGUGGCUCUGCUUCUGCUUCAGGCCCCCCUUCUAUCCCCAGCUUGCCGCCAUGGGCCCCUCGGUACACUCGAACGGAUGGGACGUUCGUGAAACCGAACGAGACCAUGCUGAAGGAUGGCCAGACCGCUAUGGCCUACUACAGGAGCAUGUGGACUCCGAAGGACAUUGAGGCGGCAAAGGGCCUUUCCCAGAAGGACGUGUUCAGUCGCUUUCCCCAAUCUGCUAUGGAGACAUUGUUUGGGAUGAUGGCCAUGCAGAAGCAGGUGGAAAUGGGGAACGCCAGGGCCCGAAAGUAUUCUGACAGCCUGGAGGUGGCUAAUAAAGAGAACGACCUCCUUGCCAUGAAGAAUACCGAGGUGCUGGUUCGGCUUGACAAAGCCGAGCAAGAGAGAGAUGUCCUGAAAAAGGAGAAUGAUUCCCUUCAGGAUGAGAAGGACGCCCUCCAGCUCGAGAAGAGCGUCUGGCAGACUGAGCAGGAAUCACUCAGAGAAGAGAAGGCAGAACUCCAACGUCUUCUAGCUGAUGAACAGUCUGCUCGGAUGGCUUUUGAAAAAAGAGCUCUGGACGAGCGUACCGCUCUGAUCGACGUUAUCAGCAGAGUGGGUGGUGGGAUGCUGGCCCUUCAUGCUCGGUUCUCCAGGGUCGGUGCUCUUCGGUAUGCUCAAGGAUUCCGGGAAGGCUUCGCCGACCGGGUUCCGGAUGAGGGACAGACCAGCUCCACUCCGGAUGAGGUAGACAAGGAUCUGGGGAUCGAGCCUCUGGGGGUCUAUGUCGACCCAGAACCCACCGAAGCGGAGCGUAUAUUUGAUGAGUGCCAGGACAUCGCAUCCUCAAGGAUCAUCACAGCUCCUCCUACCGCUCUGCCACUGACCGCUCCCCAAUCGUCAACCGUGGCUCCCUCUGUAGCCACUGCUGACGCUGAACCCCAGCCGAACGACUCAGUUAUUCACCUGGAUUCCCCACCUCAUGAAGGUGAGGCGGCUGAUGGGGCCGAGGAGGCGAGUCGGCAGGACCAGGAUGCUGUUGGUACUGAGGCGUCUAGCUAGGGCUCCUUCGAAUUCUUCCAGUUCAUAUCUUCUUGUAAUGAUGGACACCUCUCUUUUGUAAACUAAAUGUUCAAUAUUAAUGAAAUGGCCGAACUCUUUUUCUCUAUGUGUUGUGCUCUGUUCAACUUAUCUUCAGUACAUAUAUAUCUUUUCUCUCUUUUUCUUUUUAUACUAGUUUUGCUGUGUGUUUGUACGGCAAGUGCCUGGCGCUCGGCUAGAAUGCCACUUGCCACUUGGCUUUAAAUUUUUAGCAAGUGUCUGGCGUUCGGCUUAUAGUGCCACUUAUCUUGCUUAAGUGCCUGGCGCUCGGCUAGAAUGCCACUUGCCACUUGGCU